AUGGCCACCUUCUGGGGAACUAAACCUUUAGAACUAGAUACAAAUGAACCAAACCCUCUAAGUUCAGGACUGUCAGAAGAUGCCCCUGCUGAACAAGAUCCAGGACCUGGACUCCAGCCACCAGCUGAUUCUGCUGAAGCAGCCAUUGAGGAACACAAGGUUGGAGCUACAGACCGAGCCACUGGAGAAGCAGAGACAGAGGAGCAGAAAGAGGGGGAAACACUGGAUAGUAGAGGAUCUGGAAGUUUAGAACCAGAAAUAAAUGAAGGAAAUGAAGAAAAUGAAGGAAAACCUGAAAGUCCAGGACUUCUGAAAGAUGUCCUGUCUGGGCAGGAAUCAGGACCUGGAUCCCAGCUUCAGCCAAAAACAGAGGGACACGAGGACACCAGCUCAGACAGCAACCUCACUGAGUCAGGGAGAGGUGACGACUCCUGGGUGAUGCUACCCGACAGUGCAGAACAGAGAACUUCAGAACCGAACCAAGACCAAGCACAUCCGCUGAGUUCAGAAUGGGCAUCAGGACCUGGAUCCCAGCUGCAGUGCGGGGCUGCUGGAGAAACAGAUGAGGGGCUUGUGCUGUCGCCGAGACAAGAGAUCAGAAUUCAACAGGUCCCUGGGCAUCAGUUGCCAGUGAAGCUGGAAAGAGAUAACCUUACAGGCUCUGCUUCCCAGCCAAAGGAAGUAGAAACAAGUUUGGCUAGCAAACAUUCGGAUCAGCAACACCUACUCUCUAAACCCCAGGUCCCUGGCAGUGCAGUGAGAGAGGAGCCUAUGGAGCUGCAGGUGAAUCCCAACGCAGCAGGAUCGGGGUAA